AUGGCGAUCGUGCACAACAACCAGAUUCAGAAGCACCACUUCCACAAGGACUGGCAGCGUCGUGUCCGCGUGCACUUCGAGCAGGCCGGUCGCAAGCACAGCCGUCGUGAGGCCCGUCUGGCAAAGGCCGCCGCCGUUGCCCCUCGCCCCGUUGACAAGCUGCGUCCCGUUGUGCGAUGCCCUACCGUCAAGUACAACCGCCGCGUCCGUGCCGGUCGUGGUUUCACUCUUGCUGAGCUGAAGGAAGCCGGUAUCCCCAAGAAGCUCGCCCCUACCAUCGGUAUUGCCGUUGACCACCGCCGCAACAACUACUCAAAGGAGUCUCUCGUCGCCAAUGUCGCCCGCCUUAAGGACUACAAGGCUCGCCUGAUCCUUUUCCCCCGCAAGAGCGGUCAAUUCAAGAAGCUCGACUCGUCCGCUGACGAGGUCAACGCCGCCAAGGCUGCCUUCGCCGCUGAGGGCCAGACCCAGGGCUACACCACAAACGUUGGCUCUCUCCUGCCCAUCAAGAACGCCACUGUCGAGGAAGCCGUUACUGAGGUCAAGCGCGACGACCUCCCCAAGGGUGAGGAGGCUGCAUACCGCCGUCUGCGGGACGCCCGCAGCGAGGCCCGUUACAAGGGUAUCCGGGAGAAGCGUGCUAAGGCUAAGGCUGAGGAGGAGUCUGCCGCUAAGAAAUAG